CCAUAUGCAACCACGAGCUAGCUAGCCGGAGACACACACCCACGCCCACUAUAUACACGCUCCCAUGUCAUGCUUCCCUUCUCAUCAAACCAUCAGUACGGUCUUGAGUCUUCUCGUCUACUAGCUCGUCGUCAGGUAUGGCCGCCACUGCGGUGAGGUGCCUGCUCAUGGCUGCCGCUGUCUUGGCCCCGCUUUUCGCCGGCUCCGAAGGCGCAUUUCUGUCGUCGAAGUUCUACGACCGGAGGUGCCCGAGCUUGCAGACCAUCGUGCGGUCGGCGAUGACGCAGGCUGUCGCGGCGGAGCCGCGGAUGGGCGCGUCCAUCCUCCGCCUCUUCUUCCAUGACUGCUUCGUCAAUGGCUGCGACGCGUCCAUCUUGCUGGACGACACCGCCAACUUCACCGGCGAGAAAAAUGCGGGGCCGAACGCCAACUCGGUGCGCGGCUACGACGUCAUCGACACCAUCAAGGCCCAGGUCGAGGCGGUCUGCAAGGCCACCGUCUCCUGCGCCGACAUCGUCGCCCUCGCCGCACGGGACAGCGUCAACCUGCUCGGCGGGCCGACGUGGGCGGUGCAGCUGGGCCGCCGCGACGCCCGGAACGCGAGCCAGAGCGCGGCCAACUCCAAUCUCCCGAGCGCGGGGUCCAGCCUCGCCGGCCUCAUCGCCACGUUCGGCAGCAAGGGGCUGACGCCGCGGGACAUGACGGCGCUGUCCGGCGCGCACACCAUCGGGCAGGCCCGGUGCGCCACCUUCCGCGACCGCAUCUACAACGACACCAACAUCGACGCCAAGUUCGCGGCGCUCCGGAAGCAGACGUGCCCGCAGACCGGCGGCAACGCCACGCUCGCGCCCAUCGACGUGUCGACGCCGACCUGGUUCGACACCACCUACUUCGAGAACCUCGCGAACAAGCAGGGGCUUUUCCACUCGGACCAGGAGCUGUACAACGGCGGGUCGCAGGACGUACUGGUGAGGGUGUACAUGCGCAACCCGGAUAUAUUCGCCCUCGACUUCGCCAAGGCAAUGGGGAAGAUGGGGAGCCUCAUGCCGUCGGCGGAUACUCCCACGGAGAUCAGGCUGGACUGCAAGAAGAUCAACUAAGGUCAACCGGAUCGGAGGAUGAAUCUGUGGUGUCCAGUCCGGACGAACUCGCGAGGCUAUCUAUGCUCACAGCUUCACUCAGAGCACACUGAACAGCCAAAAGGGCCGUUAACAGAUAUGGAACUGCUCCCAUUUCCAUUUUGUUGCUGGCAAUUGUAAUGAUCAAUUAAUCAAGAUUCUUUUCCA